AUGUGGCCAAACUUUGAAAGAAGGUUCUUCAGUAACAAAGAAGCUGCUUUUUUCCCCUACUAUUUGGAUAUCAAAACAUCAGGGACUGGCUGCGUGAAGAUUCAGAAAAUAGAAUGUGAUAACUGCAAAAUAGAAACGGAGAAGGGGACUAGUGUCUUGCAGUCAAUAAAGAGCCAUAAAAUUGAUAUACGGACAAACGGUGGCAAAGUAAUUGGUCUUGGAACACUUUAUGGGAAUACAGAUAUUCGUGCGACAGAGAAGGGUAGUGUGAAUAUAGAGAAGCUUCAGGGGACAUCCAUCAACAUAUCUACUGAAGAUGGGCUGCUGAAAACUAAGUAUCUCUAUGCAGAAUCAUCAUCUUUGUCUUCAGUGGCUGGUGAUAUUCUGCUGGGAAGUAUUCAUGGUAACACCAGCCUUCAGACCAAAACAGGGAGUAUCACAGUAGAUUCAUCAGAUGGAAGUCUAAAAGCUUCUACGCAUCAUGGGACAAUAGAUGUUUAUGUCAGUCAAUUGAGAAAAGUGGAUCUGAAAUCCCAGAAAGGUUCUAUUACAGUCAAGGUACCUGCCUCUCUCAAAGCCUAUUUACAGUUGUCUGGAAGAAAAGUGGAUGUGAGUUCAGAGAUCCAGUUAAAAGAAACACAGAGUGCCUCCAAAGAUGAUCACGUAACUAUAAGUGGUCACAUGAAUCAGAAGAAUGAAACAGACAAAUGGAUUAAGGCUGACACGCAAAAUGGCAAAGUGUGUCUUAAAAGCCAAAGCUGGAUCCAGUCUGUCAAGCUGAAGAGUUCUUAAAAGUGAAAUAGGCCAAAGAGAUUAAAUCAAGAAAUUGUAAAGGAACAUUUCUGUAAAAUUAUGAAACUUUAUUAAUGCAUAUUCUUAAUAUAAGAGAGAAACGAUAUUAAAAAUGAGGGCGUUUUAACCCAGGAUUUGCUCGUGACAGUGGCUGGUGCUUAACAGGUCUCAUUUACUUUUAGUGCCUUUUAGGAACGACAAGAUCUUACAUAUUUAGAAUUUGUUUAACUUGACCCACUUACCUUGUCAGUUUAAAAGCUGCUAACUUUCAAACAAAAGUUUGGAGUCGUCAUUUAAAAAUAAAAAGUAUUUUCCACAUUUGGUAUUUGAAAAUUUACUUCCAAGAUGACAUGCUCUGCAAGCUAUUUUAUAUUUUUAAUUUAAAUGUCUCAGUACUGUGGGAAUUCUACUGGUUUAUGCAAAAUGUAGAGGAUUUUCCUCAGCCAAAUGAUUUGUAUCGUGGAUAGGAUAAAACCACUUUCAGAACUGUAGUUCUUAUCUGGUCUUCUCGUUUGGUGUUGGUCCCCUAAGCAGCUCCUGCCUUGUCAAUGGGUACUCUAUGUGUAAAGCUACUGACACGAAAUGACAGAACUUGCUCUGUGUCAUCCUGAACCACUUACUUGUGGACAGAAAUAAAAACGCUAGCUAUGUCUACCACUGUUUGUCUGCAAAGAAAAGCUUUAAAAAUAAAUACUCAAAAGUGCAAAGGGUCUGUCUGAUUUCAGGGAGGAACACUCCACCAACCGGCCUUCAGAUAAGAGUCACAUGAGCAUUCCCCUAAAGUAAAAGCUACCAAAGAAUGGAGGUCUUGGCCUAAUGAAUGAGAACUUCAAUCUGUUUAUUUGCUACAUUUCCAGUGACUUACCGUCAGCCUUGCAUGACGGGACUGUGAGCUCUUUGGGGCAGAAAGGCAGAGGGAGGCGAGGGAAAUGUGUAAGCGCUGCGCAAGGGCAUAUGUGACUUUUGGGGAGGAUUUUGUGUUAACACAAUACAAAGACACAGUAAAAUGAAUGGAGCUUUUAAAAAACUUUCCAUAUAUAUAUAUAUCUACCCUUAUAAAAUAAGGAUGGAAAUUUGUGUUUUAAAACUGAAAUGUAAGAACUCCUGCCAACUAAGUGGACGCAAGUUCAGAGCGUCAGAUCAGGUUUUAAGUUGUGUAUAUAUGUGUUACAUACUUAUCAUAAUGGUACAUUAUGAAAUUAACUUCUUUUCCCACAGGAUUCCCCAAGAGGUGUAAUUGCCCCUGCCUAAUGCACUUCAGUAGUCAAGGGCAGCAAUUUUACUAUAAUUCAGGGUGGUUAAAAACUCCGCAUUCUGUUUGCCAUUGUGUGUACUGUUUGUUUGGGUGAGGUGGAUACUU